GUGGAGGCUGGGCUGAGGCGCCGCGGUACCAUGAGGCGCCGGUACUUAAGAGAUUAUGGCAUCGGAAACUCACAAUGUUAAAAAACGGAACUUUUGUAAUAAGAUUGAGGAUCAUUUCAUUGAUCUUCCUAGAAAAAACAUCUCUAAUUUCACUAAUAAGAACAUGAAGGAGGUUAAGAAGUCUCCAAAACAGUUGGCUGCUUACAUAAAUAGAACAGUUGGACAAACUGUGAAAAGCCCAGAUAAACUUCGUAAAGUGAUCUAUCUCAGAAAGAAAGUUCAUCAUCCCUUUCCAAAUCUUUGUUACAGAAAAAAACAGCCCCCUGGAAGUGGGGGCUGUGACAUGGCAAAUAAAGAAAAUGAACUGGCUUGUGCAGGCCACCUGCCUGAAAAAUUACACCAUGACAGUCGAACAUAUUUGGUUAACUCCAGUGAUUCUGGUUCUUCACAGACAGAAAGCCCAUCAUCAAAAUAUACUGGGUUUUUUUCUGAGGUUUCUCAGGACCAUGAAACAAUGGUCCAAGUUUUGUUCAGCAGGAAUAUGAGAUUGAAUGUAGCUUUAAUUUUCUGGAGAAAGAGAAGUAUAAGUGAACUUGUAGCUUAUUUGUUGAGGAUAGAAGAUCUUGGCGUUGUGGUAGAUUGCCUUCCUGUGCUCACCAAUUGUUUACAGGAAGAAAAACAAUAUAUCUCAUUUGGUUGCUGUGUAGACUUGUUGCCUCUAGUAAAGUCACUACUUAAAAGCAAAUUUGAAGAAUAUGUUAUAGUUGGUUUAAACUGGCUUCAAGCAGUCAUUAAAAGGUGGUGGUCAGAACUAUCAUCCGAAACAGAAAUUUUAAAUGAUGGAAAUAUUCAAAUUUUAAAACAAUUAAGUGGAUUAUGGGAACAGGAAAACCAUCUUACUUUGGUUCCAGGAUAUACUGGUAAUAUAGCUAAGGAUGUAGAUGCCUAUUUAUUACAGUUACAUUGAGAGAUUUCAUCUACUAAAGAGCAUUUGGUUUUUCAAAACAUCCCUGAACUGUGUAAUUUACAAAAAAAAGUCUCGUCUGAGAAC